CCAAAGAUGGCGGCGCCCUUGCGCAAGUGUUGAGAAACGAUAACGUUUGGGAGUCUAAUUCUGAUAAAAACAAUUCGCAGCAAUCUAACACUGCUGACCUAUCUUCGUGGAUACCAGAAAGCGUGCGGGAAAAGAGACAAUAGGACUGAGUGAUUGAGCGCCUGCCGUGGCUCAAGCAGAGUUUGAGAUUGCGGAUGAUGAUGGGCCGCUGCGCCUGACCCAGAACCAGACCCAGCGUAGACCCCACAGCAAAAACAUCCCGAUCGAGCGCCUGCAGAUCCUCCACAGUCUGUUAACGCUGCCGUAUAAGCUGCUGACUGAAGUGAUCGGUGUGAUCGUCCGCAGACGCAGCGGAUCUCCAGCACGAACCCUGGAGAACUCUGCCGGUUCCAGAGCCCUAAUGAAAAUGGACACAGAUUUGCUUCACUCCCCCGUGGUGGGGCUGACAGAGGAGGAGGAGGUUGACAUGGCUGACUGGAACCUUCCUCUUGCCUUCAUGAAGAAACGUCACACAGAGAAGAUUGAGGGAUCCAAAGUUCUGGCUCAGAGCUGGAGAAUGAAAGACCGGAUGAAAACAGUGAGUGUGGCUCUAGUUUUAUGUCUUAAUGUUGGUGUGGACCCUCCUGAUGUAGUUAAGACAUCACCCUGUGCCAGAUUAGAGUGCUGGAUAGAUCCUCUGUCUAUGAGUCCACAGAAAGCCCUGGAGACUAUAGGGGCCAACCUACAGAAGCAGUAUGAAAACUGGCAGCCCAGGGCCCGCUAUAAGCAGAGUUUGGACCCCACAGUUGAUGAGGUGAAGAAGUUGUGUUCUUCACUGCGGAGAAAUGCCAAAGAGGAACGUGUUCUCUUUCAUUAUAAUGGCCAUGGCGUCCCACGCCCCACUGUCAAUGGAGAGAUCUGGGUCUUCAAUAAGAACUACACCCAAUACAUCCCUCUUUCCAUCUAUGACCUGCAGACGUGGAUGGGGAGUCCCUCCAUCUUCGUGUAUGACUGCUCUAAUGCAGGAAUCAUCGUCAAGUCCUUCAAACAGUUUGCGUUGCAGAGGGAGCAAGAGCUUGAGGUGGCAGCGAUAAACCCAAACCACCCACUGGCUCAGAUGCCCCUGCCUCCCUCUAUGAAAAACUGCAUCCAGCUGGCUGCCUGUGAGGCCAGUGAGCUCUUGCCCAUGAACCCUGACCUCCCUGCUGACCUCUUCACCUCUUGCCUCACCACACCCAUCAAAAUCGCCCUGCGCUGGUUCUGUAUGCAGAAGAGUUCAAAACUGGUACCAGGAGUGACCUUGGACCUGAUUGAAAAAAUCCCAGGCAGGCUGAAUGACAGAAGGACACCAUUAGGAGAGCUGAACUGGAUUUUCACAGCUAUCACUGACACUAUCGCAUGGAACGUCUUGCCAAGAGAUCUUUUUCAGAAGCUAUUUCGUCAGGAUCUGUUGGUGGCCAGUCUGUUUCGGAACUUCCUAUUAGCUGAAAGGAUUAUGAGGUCAUAUAACUGCACACCAGUCAGCAGCCCCAGGUUACCACCUACAUACAUGCAUGCUAUGUGGCAAGCAUGGGACCUUGCGGUGGACAUCUGCCUCUCGCAGCUCCCCACCAUCAUCGAGGAAGGCACAGCUUUUAGGCACAGUCCAUUCUUCGCUGAGCAGCUGACAGCAUUUCAGGUGUGGCUGACGAUGGGUGUGGAGAACAGAAACCCUCCAGAGCAGCUGCCAAUCGUCCUGCAGGUCCUCUUGAGUCAAGUACACAGACUGAGGGCUUUGGACUUGCUGGGGCGGUUUCUGGACCUGGGCCCCUGGGCUGUCAGUCUGGCUCUGUCGGUGGGGAUUUUUCCAUACGUGUUGAAACUGUUGCAAAGUUCAGCUAGAGAGCUCAGACCUCUACUGGUCUUCAUCUGGGCAAAGAUCCUUGCAGUAGACAGUUCAUGCCAAGCUGAUCUUGUAAAAGACAAUGGACACAAGUACUUCCUGUCAGUGCUGGCUGACCCGUACAUGCCCGCUGAACACAGGACCAUGGCUGUCUUCAUCCUCGCUGUCAUCGUGAACAACUACAACACAGGACAGGAGGCAUGUUUGCAGGGUAACCUGAUUGCGAUCUGUCUGGAGCAGCUUAACGACCCUCAUCCUCUCCUUAGGCAGUGGGUGGCUAUCUGUUUGGGCCGAAUCUGGCAGAACUUUGAUUCUGCACGCUGGUGUGGAGUUCGAGACAGUGCCCACGAGAAGCUAUACAGUCUCCUCUCUGAUCCCAUACCAGAGGUGCGGUGUGCUGCUGUGUUUGCGUUGGGUACAUUUGUGGGGAACUCUGCUGAGAGAACAGACCACUCCACCACUAUUGAUCAUAACGUGGCUAUGAUGUUAGCACAACUCAUCAAUGAUGGCAGUCCUAUCGUGAGAAAGGAGCUGGUUGUUGCUCUCAGUCAUCUAGUGGUGCAGUAUGAGAGUAAUUUCUGUACUGUAGCUCUGCAGUUCAUUGAGGAAGAGAAAAACUAUGCUGUACCCUCACCGGCCAAUGCCAUAGAGACAGGAAACAUUACUCCGAGUAGGGACAGCCCUGCCAUCCCCCGUUUACGUUCAGUGAACUCCUACACAAACCUCAGAGCUGCCACUAGUGCUCGAACCCUCAACAAGAGCCUUCAGAACCUCAACCUUAACGAAGAGGGUGGUUCGGCUGCAUUCUCUCCAGGAAACCUGAGCACCAGUAGCAGUGCCAGCAGUACUCUGGGCAGUCCUGAUAAUGACGAGUACCUCCUCUCCUUUGAAACCAUUGACAAGAUGAGGAGAGUCAGCUCAUACUCUUCCUUAAACUCUCUCAUAGGUGUGUCUUUUAACAGCGUAUAUACUCAGAUUUGGAGGGUGUUACUACAUCUUGCAGCUGAUCCAUUUCCAGAUGUGUCUGAUCUGGCCAUGAAGGUUCUCAAUAGCAUUGCAUACAAGGCCACCAUGAAUGCUCGGACACAAAGGAUUCUGGACUCAGGAUCUCUCACCCAAUCAGCUCCCGCCAGCCCCACCAGCAAGGGAACACUCAUACAUCAGGCAGGUGCUUCCCACAGAUCCAAACGCCCUUCAUCUCCCUCCAGCGGUUCUCCACCAAUGCCUGGUGCCUCCAGCUCCAGUUUCACCAAUGAGGUGCCCAAACCGCCCACCCGGGAAGGGCCACCCACUCGCCCUCCAUACACACCCACUUUAGGUGGACAGGCACCCCACUCGCAGCAGUUUCCACGCACCAGGAAAAUGUUUGACAAGGGCCCUGAUCAGUCUGCUGAGGAUGGAGAUGAGACGGCUGCUCACAGGAGCUUCAUCAGUGCAACUUUACAGACAGGUCUGUGCGACUGGAGCGCAAAAUAUUUCGCUCAGCCCGUCAUGAAGAUUCCAGAAGAGCAUGAUUUGGAGAGUCAGGUUCGCAAGGAGAGAGAGUGGAGAUUCUUACGUAACGCUCGAGUAAGAAGACAAAGCCAACGGAUCACUCAGAGAGGAGUGACACGAUUAGAUGAUCAGAUAUUCAUCAACAGGAACCCUGGAGUGCCAUCAGUGGUUAAGUUUCACCCGUUUAAUCCCUGCAUUGCUGUAGCUGACAAAGACUCGAUCUGUUUUUGGGACUGGGAGAAAGGAGAAAGGUUGGAUUAUUUCUACAACGGCAACCCACGGUACACACGCAUCACGGCCAUGGAGUAUCUGAAUGGCCAUGAUUGUUCACUCCUCCUCACUGCCACUGAUGAUGGAGCAUUGCGCGUCUGGAAGAACUUUGCAGACCAACGGAAUCCAGAGAUGGUCACUGCAUGGCAGGGGUUGUCUGACAUGCUGCCCACAACACGAGGUUUAGCCCGACGGGUCUCAAUCUAUCUUGACAGAAGUAAGCAGGGAGGUGCAGGUAUGGUGGUGGAUUGGGAGCAGGAGACCGGGCUCUUGAUGACGUCUGGUGACGUACGAGUAAUACGGAUCUGGGACACAGAAAGAGAAAUGAAAGUACAGGACAUCCCGACUGGAGCAGACAGUUGCGUGACCACCUUGUCAUGUGAUCUUCAACGGUCACUGGUUGCUGCAGGUCUUGGAGACGGUUCGGUUCGAGUGUACGACCGCAGAAUGGGGCCUAAUGAAUGUCGUGUGAUGACAUAUAGGGAACAUGGUGCAUGGGUGGUGAAGGCACAUCUACAAAAAGAUCCGGAUGGACAAAUUAUCAGUGUUAGUGUGAAUGGAGAUGUGCGGUUCUUUGACCCACGAAUGCCAGAUUCAAUCAACGUCUUGCAGACAGUAAAAGGACUGACGGCUCUGGACAUCCAUCCACAGGCCAACCUUUUCGCCUGUGGCUCUAUGAAUCAGUUUAUAGCUGUUUAUAACUUCAAUGGGGAUGUGAUCAGCAACAUUAAAUACUAUGAUGGUUUCAUGGGGCAGAGAAUUGGUGCCAUCAGCUGCCUGGCCUUCCACCCUUACUGGCCUCAUCUGGCCGUGGGCAGUAAUGACUACUACAUGUCUAUCUACUCAGCAGAGAAGAGACUCAGAUAACGUCUCAACCUCAGACACCUGCUGCAACCCCC